AUGCGCGCAAACACAAUGGCAAGCCGCCUUGCGGCCAUCGUUGGUCUCGUCGCCAUCGCUGAAGCUGCCCACAGCCACGGCCAUCUCCACCACCGGAGACACCCCGACACCGAAAAGCAGACGGAAAAGCGCGGUGGACAAUGCGAGUUCCCAUCCGACGCUGGCUUGGUUGCUGUCACUCCCGACGAGCAGAACGCUGGAUGGGCCAUGAGCCCCAACCAGCUCUGUGAGCCUGGAAGCUACUGCCCUUACGCGUGCCCUCCUGGACAGGUCUCGAUGCAGUGGAACCCUAAAGCCACCUCCUACACCUAUCCCCUUUCUAUGGAUGGUGGACUUUACUGUGACGAGAGCGGCACCAUCCAAAAACCUUUCCCCGAGAAGCCAUACUGUGCGGACGGAACUGGCGCUGUGAACGCCGUCAACAAGGCCGGAAAGCCCCUGUCCUUCUGCCAGACCGUUCUCCCUGGAAACGAAGCAAUGCUUAUCCCGACUCUUGUUGAGGAAACUGCCACUCUUGCCGUUCCCGACCCCUCCUAUUGGUGCUCAACUGCUGCGCACUUCUACAUCAACCCUCCCGGAACUGGUGAUGAAGGCUGCAUUUGGGGCACAAGCGACAACCCAAUCGGAAACUGGGCCUACUUUGUCGCCGGUGCCAACACUGACUCGGACGGAAAUACCUUUGUCAAAAUCGGCUACAACCCUGUUGUGCAAGAACCCGCCACGCCUUUCCGUGACACUCCGGCUACUUAUGGUGUUGAAAUCACUUGCGAAGAUGAUGCUGGCUGCAACGGUCUCCCCUGCAAAAUCGAUCCUUCGUCCGACGGCUUGAACGAAGUCACCUCUAACGAAUCGGCUGACGGAGCUGGUGGUGGCGCUUUCUGCGUGGUCACUGUCCCCAAGGGCCAGACGGCAAACAUCAACGUCUUCGAGGCCGGAGAUAGCUCUGCUCCAGCCCCAAGUGGCCCUGCUUCGACCACCUCGCCAGCAACCUCGAGCGCUCCCCCGACUACUACAUCCACCAGCACUACGAGCACGUCCACUACCCCAACAACUACCAGCACCAGUACUACCCCUACCACCACAACCACCACAACCACCAGCACUACUCCCACCACUACAUCUACUACCCCAACAACUACCACCACCAAAACCUCGACCAGCAAGCACGUGAGCACCACUAGUCCUUCGUCAACCAAGACCACCCCAUCGUCUACCCCUGCAUCUCGCACCCCUUCGGGAACCUACAGCUAUGCGCCUCACGUCUUCAUUGAAACCGGCUCUGGAAGUGCUGGGUCGCCUACCGGUUCUUCGGGAGCAUCGGCCGCCUCGGCCACUACCUCUGGAGCAGCUGCGCCCAUGUCUACCGGCUCCGUUGCCGGUCUUGCCUUGGGCCUGUUCGCCGGUGUCAUGAUGCAACUCUAG